AUGGCGAAAACACCGAAAAACAAAAAUAAACCUCGUCUUAGACAAAGAAAGUCAAGACGUGAGCUUGGGUCUAGGAUGUAUAAAAAUUACUCAGAAGAAAUGUUGAUGCUUGCAUGUGAAGCUGUUCAAUCAGGUCAAAUCUCAACAAGAGAUGCUCAACGACAGUUUGGAAUCCCAAGGCGGACUAUAGUUAAUAAAAUAAAACAAGUGCACACGAAAUCUAUCGGACAUCCUACUGUACUAACAAAUAAAGAAGAGGAUAAAAUCAUUAAGGUCCUACAAGCUUCUAGCAAUUUCGGCUCUCCGCUUACAAAAUUAGAUCUGAAGCUAUUGGUUCACGAAUACAUCAAAAAGAACUCACGAGAUCAUAUUUUUAAGAAUAAAAUUCCUGGUGAUGGAUGGGUACAAAGCUUUUUGGCAAGGCAUGCUGAUGAAUUGACUCUGAGAACUACCCAAAAUAUUUCAAAGGUGCGAGCUGAAAAGGGAGCUCAAGAAAUACACAUGUAUUUUAAUAAUUUAAAUACAACAUUGAAAGACAUACCAGCUGAAAACAUCGUGAAUUUCGAUGAAACUAACCUUUCCGAUGACCCUGGCUCUUCUAAGUGUAUUUAUAGACGGGGUGUAAAAUAUCCAGAGAGAAUAGUGAAUUCCACCAAAGGAAACAUAUCCCUAAUGUUCACGGCCACUGCAAGUGGUAGGUGCCUUCCUUUGUAUAUUGUUUACAAAGCAACAAAUUUAUACUCGGAAUGGGUCAAUGGAGGACCACCGGACACCAGAUAUAAUUGUAGUAAGUCAGGUUGGUUUGACAGCGCAAUUUUUGAAAACUAUUUUGAAACUAUAAUUCUUACGUGGGCAAAAGAAACUGUCGGGACAAAAGUUGCCAUUUGCGAUAAUCUAUCUAGCCAUUUGAGCAUUAAAGUAGUAGAGUUAUGUGAGCAACAUGACAUUAAACUUGUAUUCAUUCCUCCAAGAUCAACACAUCUUACGCAACCACUAGAUGUCGCAUUUUUUGCGCCUUUGAAAAGGUGCUGGCGUAAAAUUCUUUACCAGUACAAGCUCAAAAAUCCGACUCAAACCACUUUAAAUAAAAAACAUUUUCCGAAAUUGCUUAGUGAAUUAACCAACACAAUGAAGAUAACGGAAAAAACUAACAUAAUAAGUGGCUUUCGGGCAUCGGGAAUAUAUCCACUAAAUCCGCAUGAAGUUCUCAAGAAGAUUCCUGAGAUGCAAGAGGAAAUAAUGUCAUUUGGAAUCGACCAAGUACUAGUGGAUUAUUUAAGAGAAACCAGAGCGCAAAAGCCAAUGCAAGUACCGAGAAAUAAAAAAAUUCAUUGUGAGCCAGGAAAAUCAGUGAGCAUUAACGAUUUAAAUAUCGAUACUCGCAAUAAGAAAACAAAAAAGAAAUCCACUAAGGUGAGUAAUAAGAAACAAAAAAGAAACGAUAAAUCUGUAUUAUAUUUAGAUGAUCAAACUGGCCUUUAUAUUGUUAGAAAUUAUGCUAAAAACUUGGAAGAGACUUUCAAUAUCCCUCAGUGUCAGGUAAGUAAAAUUCCUGAAAGCCUUAGCAAACAAUGUAUCGAUGUAAUUAAUUCCUAUUUAGGCCAAUCAUUGCGCAUUGAAAAGGCAAAAUCAUCUACCGAUCUUUUACAUUUGAAUAAUUCUAGAAAUAGUAUUACAAACACAUUGACGGCAAGAAAAAAGUAUGACAAUUCUGUACAAAAUAGUUCUUCUAACAAAAAAAUACGCAUUAUUUCCAAUGUUCUCAUUAAAGCAGGAUCACCAUCAACUAAUGUUUGUGUUUUAAAAGAAGCUUCUUGUAAGAUUGAAAAUAAACCGUUUAUAGCUACUCAUAAAAACGAUUUACCAGAAUGCCUGCAGGAGAAAAAAAAGAAACUAACGAAGAAAAUAGAUAAGAAACAUACUAGAAAAUAUACGGGUAGUAAUAGAACCAAAGAGGGUAAAAACAAUUCGAAAUGUAAAAAGUCCGUCCAAGGACGUACUAAAAUCAAAAGAAAAUCAAACCGAUACGAUAGUGAGUCGAGUUCGGUAUCUACGGGUAAUGAAUUUAUAACAGUUGACACAGAUGAUGAUUACGAAACUAUAAAUGAUUUUUACAUAGCCGAAACUCUACGAAAACAAGAAGAGAAGGAAAAUUUUGAACCCCCAAAUACUUCCUUUGGAUUACACGAAAUUGAAUAUUUUUCUGAAAAUCAAGAGAAACUUAAAGAAAAUGCCUGGAUCAUUGCUAAAUUCUCUACAAAAAAGAGUGUAAAACACUUUGUAGGUAACGUUCUUUCGAUUAAUAGUGAGAAUCCUAUAGUUAAAUUUUUACGAAAAGUUAAAGAAUCAAAAUGUGAUACAGGAAUGACCUUUUCAUAUCCAACAGUUGAUGACAUUUGCACCAUUAAACAUUUAGAAGAUGUUGUAACAGUUUUACCAGAGCCAACGAUUACUCGACGUGGUCGAAUAUUAUUUCACGUGGAUUUUAGUAAUUUCAACAUUCAAUAA